AGAUAGCGCAUAUGCAAAAGGUGUUUUUGCAAAAACUUGAGAAGAAAAUAAUUCAAGAGCAAUUAUUUUGAAAUUAUCCUGUUUUCUAAUCAGCAUAAGCUUCCUAGAUCUGGCAGUCUAUACUUUGCUUCUCAAAGUUCUAAUCUUUAUUUGUUGUUGCUUUUUGUGUCGUUGGCUAGAGCCUUGGUUUCAUAACUUGGUCCAUUAAAAGCGUACUUAUGAUUACGCCAAAAUUUGAGGCUUUUUAUUUGUGUUAAUUUAAUGCUGGUUGAGUGUUAAAUUUUUUUUUUUUCCAAUUUAGCAUGAAGAUUCUAAUAAAUAUUUGAAAGAGUUCAUUGAAUGAGUGAUCAUGGAGGACAAGAUUCAACGUUCUUUUUCUUUGAGGUUAAACCGUCGAAAUCAAACUCCACGUACAAAGGAUACCGAAGGUGGGAGGUUUUCACAAGAUUAUCCGAUGAAGAUUGUUUGGAAGAGAGGAUUUAUUCGAUUAGUUCUUGUAGCAGGCAUUGUAUGGAUGUUACUGAUCCUCUUUGUAUUGCUAAUUCAUGUUUGGUCUUGCCAGUCUUCAGUGGUUUUCUUUUCAGCCAUUUGUAACAAGCAAGGCAAGGUAUUCAUCAUAUUAGACACAAUGGGAUUUGUACCAAAACCACAACACCGUUGUCCAGUUCCUGUUGCUGAUGAACCUAACAGAAUUGUUAUUCCAAAGGAAAGAACUCCCAACAAUAUUGUCAAAAAUCUAACUUAUAUUAUGGAGGAGGUAUUUGUGAAUAAUGGAUCUCAAUCAUUUCCUCUAUUUGGAGGAAAUCAAAGCUGGUCUCAAAGAGAAGAAAGUUUCAAAUUAAAUUCUACAAUGAAGGUGCACUGUGGAUUUAUGAGAAAUGGUGGAGCUGAAAUGUCUUCCUUGGAUGUCAAUUAUGUUAAGAAGUGUAGGUUUGUGGUUGCAUCUGGGAUUUUUGAUGGAUAUGAUGUACCCCCUCGGCCCACAAACAUAAGUCACCGUUCUAAGAAGCUCUUCUGUUUUCUUAUGAUGGUGGAUGAGGAAUCGUUGACUUUCAUAAAGAAAAAUGUUACUGUUAGAGAAGAUUCUGCUGGGGGGCAAUGGGUGGGUAUAUGGCGCCUUGUUCUACUAAAGAAUCCACCUUAUGAUGAACCCAGAAGGAAUGGAAAGGUUCCAAAGAUUUUAACCCAUAGGCUGUUUCCACAAGCACAGUACAGCAUUUGGAUUGAUGGUAAAAUGGAGCUGAUUGUUGAUCCAUUGCUAAUUCUUGAGAGAUACUUAUGGCGCAAUAAGAAUACCUUCGCUAUUGCUCAGCACAAACAUCACCGCAGUAUAUAUGAGGAGGCUGAUGCAAACAAGCGUAGGAAGCGAUAUGCUAGACCUCUUAUCAAUCUUCACAUGAAAAUUUACCGGUAUGAAGGGAUGGAGACUUGGAGUAUAAAGAAAAAUACCGUUAGCGAUGUGCCGGAGGGAGCUGUCAUCAUAAGGGAACAUACAGCAAUGAGUAACUUAUUUAGCUGCCUGUGGUUCAACGAGGUCAACCUCUUCACACCCAGAGACCAGCUGAGCUUUGGCUAUGUUGUGUAUAGGUUAGGCGGUUUGUUCAAGUUCUAUAUGUUUCCAAAUUGCGAAUACAACUCAUUGUUUGUAUUGCACCCGCACACUCGAGAGCAUUCUUCAAAAAUCGAGUGGGUGAAAAAUACAUCCGAGUUGACAGGGAAAGGUAGCAGUAUGAAAGAAAGUAGGGGUGGAUUAGGUUUGUGGACACCUUAUCCUGGUAACCUCAAUUCGGUCGUCUUGCCACCAGUUGCUAGAACAUCAAAAGCAGGAUGAGAUUCAAUGCAGCAAUUCAUUUGCCUUUUUCCACAACUCUUCUUUACUCGAUUUGUACAAAAUUUUUUGAGAAAAAAGGUGACACUGGUUGCCUGAAUCUGUAAGAUUUUGUGAGACAUUAUAGGAUUAACAAGACGGAGUUUUUUUUUA